GUUUACUUUGAAGAUUUCAGAUGUGCAUUGUUGCAAUUUCUUCAGAUCUUUGAUUCUCAGUACUUUCACUGCCCCAUUAAACUGCAUGUUAAAGGACCUGAUGUGUCUCCUAAAGCCACACCAAAGUUUGUGAUUGGCAACAAAAGCUAUGGUCGGAGAUCUUUGCCAUUUAAAUGCAGCACAGACCUAAGCCAACACCAAGCAGGCAGAAUGUCUACAGAAGACAAAGUUUUCUAUUUCAACAAUCUUCUCAUUUCCUCUGAGGUUUAGAUCCCCACACAUGGACAAAAGCUGCUACAUAAAAACUAGUUUGGCUAAACUUAACCCCACGUUGUACAGUUGCGUGAGGCUGGGCAAGUUUAGAUCCCCACACAUGGACACAAGCUGCUAGACAAAAACUAGCUUGGCUAAACUUAACCGCACGUUAUACAGUUGUGUGAGGCUGAGCAAGUUUAGAACCCCACACUUGGACAUGAGCAGCUAAACCCAAACUAGCAUGGCUAAAUGUUUCCCCAGGCUGUACUGCUGGGUGAGGCUGGCCAUGAGACGGCCUCGCCUCUUCUACACCCUGGUACUGGUUGUCAUUGUCGUCUACUUUGUCUUCAUAGCCUACAUGGCCUGCAGCAAAGCCCCUUUUUUGGACAGUUCACGCAUGCUGGCCCCUUACAUUCUGGACUUCAAUGGCCAGUGUAUCUAUGAAUUUGAUUAUCUGAAUUAUAAAAAUAUUUCCCAUAGAGUUCGCUCCACCUGCAAGGAGAAGACAAAUUUCGUUUUCAUCAAGGGCAUGAAAUGUGCCACGUCAACUUUGCUGGGAGUUUUCUACAGGUUUGGCUAUCUCCGCAACCUGUCCUUUGUUUCACCACUGGAUAACAAAAUGUACUUAAACUGGCCAUUCCCCAUGACCAGGCUGGACUUCCGACCUUCUAGCAGGGGCUACAACAUCCUCACCGACCAUGCCAUUUUCACUGAGACUGUCAUGGACGCCAUCAUGCCCAAAGAUACAGUGUACAUCAGCAUCAUUAGAGAGCCUCUAGCACAGCUGAAAUCCAUCUUCCAGUACUUUAAAGUGGCCAAGAUUGCAGGUGUGCCAGAGGACUCAUCCAACCCAAUAGCCGAGUACUUCUCACAUCUGGAGCUCUACGAGAAGUCUUACACCAGCCACAGUGCCAAGUACAGGUGGUGUGUGCCUGAUGGCUUCUCCAUGACAAAAAAUCUCAUGGCAUAUUGUCAUGGGAUGCCCUUGGGAUUCCCUGCUGGAACUAAGGAUAUUUCCCAAGAUGAAGCAGCCAUUGAUCAGUUUAUCCAACACUUGGAUCAGAAGUUCAGUUUAAUCAUGAUUGUUGAGUAUUUCUAUGAAUCUCUUAUUCUCCUGCGGAGGCUGAUGUGCUGGCAGUUUAAAGAUAUAAUAUUUAUCUCAGCCAACAUUGCCAACUAUGAUUUUAACCCAAAGCAAGAGAACGAAACAGUUCAAGCUAUCCAUAGGAAUUGGAGUCAUAUAGACUACAAGCUUUAUAACUAUUUCAAUAAAACUUUGUGGAAGCAUAUUGGCACCCAGAGCUCAGAGUUUUUCUUGGAGGUUGAAGAUUUUAAACUGGUGGAGUCUCAGGUCCAGACCUACUGCCAACAGGUGUAUACACUUGGUAAAAAUAUCAUGUUGCCUGCUAGUAUGUCCCAGUUCAAAAUAGCACCAUCUAAUUGGACGGAUCAGUUUUCUGUGUAUCCAAGUGACUGCUGGAUGCUUGGGCCUAAUCCGUAUGAGCUUUUGCAUCAGGUGCAGAAGGAGCAUGAUGCUAGGGAAGUCACCUUGCUGGCAGAGUUUAAGAAGAUUCCAGAUAACAGGACAGCUGAUAUGAAAGGGACAUGUUGAACAGUCGACUGGACUUGUUGUUAAGUUGACUGGACUUGUUGAUCA